AUGUCGUUAUUUUACUUUUCGGCAUGUUUUUUAAUUCUACUAUCACUCUUUCCAUUGAUCAAUGGUGUUGAUAAUGAAGAUCAACAAUGGAUGGAUUAUAUUCAUCGAUAUGGCAAAAAAUAUGCAAGCGAAGCCGAAACACAACUACGUAAAUCAUAUUUUCUUGUCAAUUUGCAUGAAGUUAGACAACAUAAUGCUCAAUCUAAUCAAACAUACACAAAAGGCAUCAAUCAAUUUUCAGAUUUAAGUAAACUUGAAUUUGAAACAAACGUUCUUACACCACAAUUAGCAUUUGCUCCUAUUCCACCACCAACGCCUAUAUCAUCACCCAUGAGUCGAUCUUUGUCAACAGACGCUUCAGUUCCUCUUGGCUGUACACGUGACUCGAGCAAUUGUUGCAUCUCAUCAGCCGAUCCAAACAGUUGCUGCUUAGCACUUGGUUUAGGUUCAUGGAAUCGACGCCAAUGUAGUUCAAGUAGCAGUAUUGGAGGUAUUGUUCCACACAAUUGUGUACAUCAUGAUUCUCAAUGUUGCCGUUCAUCAUGGAAUCCGACUGAAUGUUGUGCAGCUCUUGGUUUUGCAUCUUGGGAUGGUGGUUGGUGUCGAGGUGUACAUUCAGCUAACGUUCCACAAGGAUGUCAAUCUUGGAAUAGUCACUGUUGUUCAGAUAGUACAAUGCCACAAAAAUGUUGUCAAGUAUUUGGUUUUGAAUAUUACGAUGGAGCUUAUUGUCGAGAUUCGCAAUUUUGGUAUCCAGCAGGUGAAACUUUACCAAAUGGUUAUCCAAAGAAUUUUGAUUGGACAUCAUUGACCUAUCGAGCAGUGACUGAUGCAAAAAAUCAAGGUGGAUGUAAUACAUGUACAUUCUUUGCAGUUGCAGGAGCUUUAGAAAGUGCUUAUGCAAUCAAACAUCAACGGGAUGCUGUUCCUCUCUCUGAACAACAACUGAUUGAUUGUUCAAUGCCCAAUAAUGGUGGAUGUUGGGCAUCAAAUUUUGAUGAUUCAUUGAAUUAUGUGAUUCGAUCACCUAAAACUGCUCUUGCUACUGAAAAUCGAUAUCCAUACCAAGGCCUAUUCGAUACUAAUUUUUAUUCUCAAGCGUGUAAUGAUCGAUGGACUCAACGUAUGGAUGCUUCGCAUUAUUUUGAAAGUAAAGAAACUUAUCAUGAUGCAUGGGAUACAAUUAAUGAUGAUCUUCUCAUGCGUCUGGUGUCAAAAGGUCCCAUUGCUAUUGCUAUCAAUGCUGAUUUUAUGGGUGGUUAUGGUGGUGGUGUCUACCAAGGUCCCUGUCCUCCACAUGUUAAUCAUGCAGUACUUUUGACAGGUUGGGGUACUGAUGCACAAGGUAUUCCAUUUUGGCGUGUAAAAAAUUCUUGGGGUACAGGUUGGGGUGAGAAUGGUUUUGCUCGUUUUGAACGUAAACCUGGACAAAAUCAAUGUUUCAUCUAUCAUGAAGUAGCUCGUCCAACGGCUAUGUAA